CCCCUUUCAUGGCAACUUUUGACUGUUGCAGGUUGGCCCACUUUGCACCAUCCCCUCAUGAGAAGGAGUAAAAUUUGGUGGCCAUGAACAGUCCGUCCUCUGCACAUGGCCGUCUCUGCACUGGCUUGAGCACAGAGUUGGAGAGGGAAAACCGACUUCCUUUACAGAAGCUACACUGGACUUGGUGGCAACAGGGCCAUCUUGACUCUUCACCAUCAGUCUCCUUCUGCAUUUGCUCUGCACAAAGCUGACCAGGUAUGAAAGAUGCUGCCGAGCUCCUGGGCCACCGGGAGGCGGUGAAGUGUAGGCUGGGCGUGGGGGGCUCCGACCCUGGGGGCCAUCCGGGGGACCUGGCGCCCAACUCCGACCCAGUCGAGGGAGCCACUCUGCUGCCCGGGGAGGACAUCACUACAGUGGGCUCUACGCCGGCCUCGCUGGCGGUGAGUGCAAAGGACCCGGACAAACAGCCGGGGCCCCAAGGCGGCCCGAACCCCAGCCAAGCCGGCCAGCAGCAGGGCCAGCAGAAGCAGAAGCGCCACCGGACGCGCUUCACGCCCGCGCAGCUCAACGAGUUGGAGAGGAGCUUCGCGAAGACCCACUACCCCGACAUCUUUAUGCGCGAGGAGCUGGCGCUGCGUAUCGGGCUGACGGAGUCCCGAGUGCAGGUCUGGUUCCAGAACCGGCGCGCUAAGUGGAAGAAGCGCAAGAAGACCACCAACGUGUUCCGCGCGCCGGGCACGCUGCUGCCCACGCCAGGCCUGCCUCAGUUUCCGUCAGCCGCCGCCGCGGCCGCCGCCGCCAUGGGCGACAGCCUGUGCUCUUUCCACGCCAACGACACCCGCUGGGCGGCGGCCGCCAUGCCGGGCGUGUCACAGCUACCGCUGCCGCCGGCUCUGGGCAGGCAGCAAGCCAUGGCGCAGUCGCUGUCCCAGUGCAGCCUGGCGGCCGGGCCGCCGCCCAACUCCAUGGGCCUGUCCAACAGCCUGGCGGGCUCCAACGGCGCGGGGCUGCAGUCGCACCUUUACCAGCCCGCCUUCCCCGGCAUGGUGCCCGCCUCCCUCCCCGGCCCCAGCAACGUCUCCGGCUCGCCCCAGCUCUGCAGCUCCCCGGACAGCAGCGACGUGUGGCGGGGCACGAGCAUCGCCUCCCUCCGCCGCAAGGCGCUAGAGCACACAGUCUCCAUGAGCUUCACUUAAUGCAGCCGCGCCCAGCCCGCUCCGCCCCCGGCGCCGCCCCCAGGGCCGCCCCGAGGUCCUUCGGCGCGCGCCCGGGCUCCCGCUCCCUGCCCGGGCCCCUGCCCCGGCGCCCUGCCCCAUCCCCGCCCGACCUCCGCCACUUGUCGUUUUGUUCUCUCCUCUCUCGUUCGCUCUCUCGGGCUCACCCCAAGCCCCAGCCCGCGAGGCCUCCCCUCCGCCUGAUUUCGCUCGCCCCGGUCCCCUCCCCCCGCCCCCUCAGCUCCUCUUCCCGUCUCCCCUAAUCUUCCCUGACCCCCUUCCGCCGCGCCUCACCCCACCCUUUCCGACUACCCCCGGCCACCCGGCUCGCACGUAGCGUGCUCGCGCCCGCCUCCCAGCCUUCCGACUGGCGGCAUUUUCACCCAUACCUUCAACACGACGCCUACGACCCCCUAGCUCGCCGCCUCCCCUCCCGUCCCUUCUUUACCCGCACCUCACGCCCCUCCUCCCGCGCCCUGCAAAAAGCAUCCUUCCCGCCAUUUUACUUACCAGGGAGUCGACUCAGGAUCUGAAAUCAGACACCAAUGGACUGGUUUGUGGGCAGAAACACACACACUCGCACUCUGGCUCACUCUCAGACACUACGUACACUCGCACACACACAAACACAGUGCACCUAGGUCACACACGGACGUGUUCAAGGGACAGCACAAUGUUAGGGAUUUUCGUCUUAAGGAGGACAAGCAUCUGCUACAACCGCCUCAUCUGAGGGCCCAACUGAUACAAUUUGAUUUAUCCCUGUAUUCUUUCUCCGAACUCCUCUUUUUCUUUCCUCUCCACCACCCUGCCCUUGCCCCAUCCACCCAGUCACAACCACGCAGCCCUGUAUUGGCUUGCAAAAGAACGCUUUUAUUUUGUCUCACUUUUAUUUUCUUAAGCACAACUGUGUGAGGUUUUUGAAGGGAAGGCUUCUCAGGAGGAACAUGCCAGUGGAUUGGGUGGCUUGAGUAGAUUAAGCAGUCAUGUGAUGAAGAAGAGGUGAUUUUACCCAUUUUGAUAAGUCUUUCUAAGGAAGAAUAAAGUAAACGUAAGAAAAUUUUCCUUUUAU